AUGUCGGUUGCUGAAAAGGUCAUAAUAGUCACCGGUGCAGGUAGUGGCAUCGGGAAAGCCACUGCCCUCCUUCUGGGGGAAGACAAAGUCAAAGUCGCCCUUUUUGAUGUCAAUUCAAGCAUUUUCGACAUUGAGACACAGAUAAAAUCUUCUGGAGGCACGGCUCUCGCUAUAAAAGUAGAUGUCAGCUCUUCCGCAGAAGUCGACGCCGCCACUAAAGCCGUUGUGGAAGCCUUUGGACCCAUUGAUGGAGGUGCCAAUUUAGCAGGUAUCUCUGGACUGGGAACAGUCAAUUUGGAGCAUGAAACAGACGAUGCCUGGGAUCGGGUGGUUGGAAUCAAUCUAGGAGGAGUCAAGAACGCUAUGCGCGCUCAACUUCAGCAUAGAAAUCCGAAGGGCGCCUCGAUUGUCAAUGCUUCAAGCAUUGGAGCCCGGAUUGGAUCACCUGGCAAUGCAGCUUACUCUGCCAGUAAAGCGGCAGUCAGUGCUCUCAGUAAAUCUGUUGCCCGGGAGAUGGGUCCUAAAGGAGUUCGGAUUAAUGCUAUUGCACCUGGUAUCACGGAUACAGCUAUGGUUGGCGCCGUACCAGAGUCCAUUCGUGAGGAAUGGAGAAAAGCCAAUGUCCUUGGACGACUAGCACAGCCAAUUGAGAUCGCUAAUGUUAUUCUUUUUCUUCUGAGCGAUAAGAGCUCCUUCAUCACCUCAGCAAUUAUUGAUAUUGAUGCAGGCCGCGUCUGA